AUGCGGCAGCAGGACGAUGGGGAGCGGGCAGCCUUCACCAACCCAGUCACCGCACCUCCGGUGAUCUUGCGACAACUGCAAGUCAAGAAGUGCGCACUGACACAGGGAUUUUGUCGGGUUAGUUCCUGCCUCAGCAGACACACGCUGCGUAAAUCAGGCACAGGGAGCGUCUCCGGGGCCAGGCAGCCCGUGCGCUUCAUUCAUGCGAGAGUAAAAAGGGUAGAAAGAGGGAACUGCAACGAGAUAACCACUGUGGUUGAAGUCAAAGACACACUGAAGUCUUCGACACCAAUUCCUCUGUCUCAAGUGCCUCUUCUUACGAAUUCCUCCUGCCAGUGUCCACCUCUUCAGCCGAAGCAGGAUGUUCUCAUCAUGUGCUAUGAAUGGCACUCAAGGUUGAUGCUUCUUGAUGGAUGUCUAGUUGAAAAAUGGAAGGAUCAACUAAACAAAAGAUUCAAGAGGUGGGAACAGAGACUACAAGAACAAAAGCUGCGAACGGCCCACAGUAAGAACCAGAAUGCAGGGCGCAGUGGUCGGAGUGGAGCCCCAAAACCAUCAACCAAGAACACCAACCCACUGGUCAAUGUUCCCAAAAAGGCCACCAAAAUAAGAAAUGGCCAGAAAGAAGUCAACCCUAAAAAAGUAUGA